AUGCAGAUCUGGAAGGUUUUGAUCGUUGUCUCUGCCAUCCUCUGCCAGCAGGAUGACGGAGUUGGUGCUGACUCACUCACCAAGUUGCCGACAAUCGUAUACGGAAACAAGAAUGUUCCUAUCACCUUGGUGGAACUGCAGGGGCACGAGCAAUGUCAGGUUACAAGGCUUGUGUUGCGAGGGGGGACACGGUUUGCAGGAGGAAGGCGGAAGAAGGACUGGCAGCUCUCUCACAGCUCAGAAGACGACACUUCCUGCGAUCCGGACUGGAGCUCGGUCUGGAAAGAAGAGAAGCGCAGGGAGGCUCCGAAGCCCAAGUGGCUGGAUCUGAUUUCAGACAAGGAAAGCAUCGAUCGGGGUGACAGUAGCUAUGAAGGAGACAUUGCCAAGGCUGUGAGGAAAGACCUUGAGAACCUCUGUGCUAAGAGAGCUCUGAAAGGUCGCCCUAAACCUCCCAGCGUCAAGCGCGUAACUACCAAGCGGGCAUCGAACACAAACCCCAGGAGCAGACAGCCUCCGUUGGUUGCAGCGCGAAAACCAGCGCCGAGAAUGACAAGAAGCGGGCAGCUUUCUCCGAGAUGGGGGACGCGUGCGAACGACGCGCUGGCAGCAGCAUUGCGGGGAAAAAAGCAGGUUUCUCGAAAUGUCAAGAAGAUUGAGCACGAGUGGGACAUCAGUUCAGACUUUUCUCCGUCAGAAGAGCUGAAAGUUCCAGCACUGACGAACGGCAAGAAGGGUUUUCCAUCAACUUGUGUCAAGCUCAAUCUUGAAUCGCCUCAAGCUGCCGACAUCUAUGAUGACUUUUUAAAGACAGAUCAUGUCCCUUCAAACUCCAAGGCGACUAGUUUUACAAAAAGUUCUGCAACGAAGAAGAGGUCUGUCGAAAUUGUGCCUGGCUCAAAGAAAGGGAGUGAGAAAGCGUCUUCAAAUCAUGUUGUCUUGCAACCCGAGAAUGUGACACCGAAUUCUGCUCUGCUCUGCCGACAUGUCUCUUCCUCAAGAGCUGAUUCGUGGACUGCAAUGUCAGCCCUCGAACCUGUCCAGGUCUCUAAGAAAAUCUCCCCCUUCGAGGGGGACCAGGACGACGACCUUAGCAUCAACCUGGACCAGAAGAAUGAAAGCGCUGCCAUCGAUCAAGUGGAGCAAUUUCCCCUAGAGGACACGACAUCUGUUGAGCAGGGUAUCAGAAGCAAACUUGUGGCCUCGCACAAGGACGAGCCCGAAUAUGAGUAUGCAGUGAAGAGUGCGAUGUCAGCAGAAGAAGUCGUCUCUGCCCUGAAUGAUGUGGUGAAAAAAUCGAAUGACGACGGCAAGGUGCUUCUUCUCGACGCGAACAAGAGGCGUGUAUCUGCAUGA